AUGGACCCAGCUUGGUUGGCUGAUUUAGGUCAUCUCCUCGAACGAAAGUACCAUGACACAGGGAAAUUUCAAGAUCUCUGCAACGCUAGUGCACUUUUCUCGGCAGCGGUCUCCAAUACAACCGAGAAUGACCCUUCUUAUUCGCACUAUCAUGACUCCAUGAUGAGUAAUCUCCAAGUUGCGUUUGAUAUGCAAUUAGAGCAGGAAGAUAUUGUGGAGAUGGUCAUGAUGUGCCGCCAGCUUUACGAAGCCCAUAAGGCAGUCAAAUCACUUGAAGCAAUACAGGCCAUGUCGGAAGUCGCGAUGGGCGACGAAGACUUCUCCUGUGGGUCAGCUGGAGCCAGCGAUGAUGAUGUUGGCGCCGAUGAUCAGACCGAGAAGAUUCCACGAUGGGCCGUCCUGCAAUUCAUGAGUCUAUUUUAUUACAAAGAGUACAAGAAAAAGGAAGGAAUAGAAGAUUCCGACAGCGACGAUUCAGAAACCAGCAACUCUGAUAGCGAGCCCGAGAAUCAAUCCGAAGAGAGUGAUCCUGAAGAGAGUGAUCCUGAAGAGAGUGAUCCUGAAGAGAGUGAUCCUGAAGAGAGUGACCCUGAAAAAGCAGGGCAUAUAGAAUUCCUGGACAAGGCAAUCCAUGCGUCGCAAGAGGCAAUCCGGGAAUAUCGCGAGGAAACCCAGACCACUAUUGAUGGCUUGCCAGCCAUUGUAGCAAUGUCAACCGUCCUGGCACGUAUGCUGGAGAGGCGAUAUGACAAAACAGGACAGGAGGAAGACUUGGACGAGGCAAUUCAGUUAUGUCGGCGGGCUUCACAGAACACUCCUAGUGAUGACAUACACUUUGCAACAGUUCUGGAAUACCUCAGAAUGAAGCUUGCACGUCGAUACAAACGAACAUGGCAGAUAGAGGACAUCGAUGAGUUGAUUUGUCUACGUCGCCAGACCAUGAAGGUCAUUCCUGGUAAUGAUCAUAAAUUACUGAGCGACCUUGGAAAUUUGCUUCAAAUGCGAUAUGACCGAACAGGGCAAAAUGAGGACCUCAACGAGGCAAUUCGACUAUCCCGCCAAGCGAUCAUGAUCGCACCUCGUGACGAGCCUGGCUUUGCAGGGGUUCUUGCUACUUUUGGCGGUCAGCUCAUCCGACUCUACAGACGUUCAGGUCUGGAAGAGGACCUGGAAGAGUCGAUCCAGAUAUCUCGCCAGGCAAUUCAAAUCAUGUCUAGUGAUGAUGUCGAUCUUGAGAAGCCACUAAAUAACCUUGGAAUCGCGCUUGGACAACGAUAUGAACGGACGGGGAAAAUGGAAGACCUCGACGAGGCAAUUGAAGUGUUAAUCAAGGCAGUCCAGCUCACUUCUACAGGCCAUAUCAAUCAAACUGGGCUGUUCAUAAACCUUGGGAACAGCCUUGAACGUCGAUACGGACAAAUAGGGCGGAUAGAAGACCUCAACCAGGCGACUAGUAUUUUUCUCCGGGCAGUCGAGCUCCUUCCCGAGAACGAUCCUGAGCUUGCAGGCGUAUUAAAUGGCCUCGGAAACAAGCUUUUUCGCGGAUACUUACGACAACAUAUCCCUGAGAUUCUUGACCAUGCCAUCCGGAAGACCUCGAAGAGGCACUUCAAAUAUCUCGCCACGGGGUUCAGGCUAUUCAGACUGACCACCCUGACCACCCUAUGUUGCUAUACACCCUUGGAACCACACUUGCAAGUCGAGGGCAGUAUCAUCGUGAUCAAUAUGUCUGGGCUAAGGAGUGAUGCUAUCAUUGUCUCAUCAACCGGGAUAGACUCUGUUUCUCUUCCUCGAUUCAAUGCCACCGAAGCUCAAGCCUGGGCUAUGGAGAACAUGAUCUGGGCUUCGCCCAGCGAACGUGGUAGGAAGAACAAGGAAUACCGCAAAUUCUUAGCCUGGCUCUGGCACGAAUGCGUGAAGCCUAUUCUUUCGCAUCUUGGCCAUGACGUUCAAUCCUCUCCCGAGAGCCUCCCUAGAGUCUGGUGGAUUGGGACUGGAAUCGCCAGCUUCUUCCCAUUUCAUGCCGCGUCCGAUUUCUCAGCAGGAUCGACAGAACACACAUUCUGUCGCGUUUUGUCUUCCUACACCGUAUCAAUCAAGGCACUCAUACACGCUAGAGAGCGGACUCCCAUUUCCCCGUUCUCCAGCGCACAUCCUCGGAAGAUGCUUAUGGUCACUAUGGGGACAACGCCCGGCGCUGACGACUUGCCUGGCACUGAGACUGAAAGGUCUACUGUUUUGGAAAUACUUGGUCCUUGUGCCCAAGUGGAGGUUUUAGACCAACCUGACUCUGCAAGUGUCAUACGCCAGAUUCCUGAAUACAAUAUUGCCCAUUUUGCCUGCCAUGGACUUUCCAACUGGAGAACACCCUUAGAUAGUGGCCUUAUAUUACAGUCCGAUACUGGAGCCUCACCUGACACUGACAAUUCAGGCGACACUGAAACCCUAAGACAGGAUAUCUUGAGCGUUGAAAAACUUUGCAUGAGCAAUCUAACACAAGGGGAAAUUGCAUACCUUUCCGCUUGCUCAACUGCACAGAACACAGCAGUUUCUGUGAUGGAUGAGAUGCUCCACGUUGUGAGUGGGUUCCAGGUUGCCGGAUUCAGACAUGUCAUUGGAACUUUAUGGCCAUCUAGUGAUGAGGUCUGUGCGGUGGUUGCAAGGUCGUUUUACACUGAACUUUGUCGGAGUGGUACUGUGCAAUACACCGACAGAGAUAUUGCACUCGCACUAAACAAAGCGUCCUCGGCGCUCGCCACGAGUCCUGAUUUUCAAAGACGGCCGUUGCAUUGGGCACCGUACAUUCACUAUGGUGCAUGA